UCAGUUAAGAAAAAGAAGAGUAGGAAGAAGAAGAAGAAGAACACGAAGAAGAAGAAGAAGGAGGAGGAGGAGGAAAACGUCAUACGCGCGCGCUUCCGUAAAGUAGUGAUAAAGAUGGCGGCCGCCGCCGGAUCAGGCGUCGUAGUUCCUCGCAGCUUUCGGCUGCUGGAGGAACUGGAGGAAGGUCAGAAGGGAGGUGGAGACGGUACAGUGAGCUGGGGCCUUGCAGAUGAUGACGACAUGACGCUAACUCACUGGAAUGGCAUGAUCAUUGGCCCCGCCAAGACUGUCUAUGAAGGCAGGAUAUACAGUCUGAAAAUAGAAUGUGGGUCCAGAUACCCAGAGCACCCCCCUCUGGUCCGCUUUGUGAACAAGAUCAACCUGACCGGUGUACACAAUUCAAAUGGUGUGGUGGACAUAAAGGCGGUGACAGCUCUGUCCAGGUGGAAGAACUCGUACAACAUCCGGAUGGUGCUGCAGGAGCUCAGACAGCACAUGAUGAUGAAAGAGAACAACAGGCUCUCCCAGCCACCCGAAGGCCAGGUGUACAGCAACUGAGGCUCCUGGUGCUGUCCCCCCCUGUCUCUCUCUCACACAUACACACACACACACACACACGCACACAUACACAAAGGCAUACAAAUAGACACAGAGGCAUACACACAAACACACACAUACAUAGAAGCCUAAACACUUAUCACUGACUAUCAUGUUACCCAAGACUCUCAACUCCCACUUCUUCCUUGGGAGGCUCUCAUUGGACGGAGGGAUGUGCAGGUGAACCUGACCUCCUUCUCCAGUGCCCAUCAUCCAUUAAAGUUCACGGUGCAGACCAAACAUUAUGAAACAAAAAUACUGUACAUCAUACUAUUGUUAUUUUUUUAUUAUCUUCGUGUUCUGCAUACAGAUUGUAAAAUAACAAAUGACCUGAUUGAGUGUACCAGUCCCGUGUGUGUGUGCGCGCGCGCGCUGGAUUCUUCAUGUCAAGUGGUGACAGUUAAGUCCUUGUUGCGUGGGUGUUGUGGUCAGGGAUUUGAAUCUUGCUACACAGCAAAAACAAACAUACUUCUGUAACCCCCGACUGAAAAAUGGGAGUUAAAUGUUAGAAUAAUUUGGAGUUAUUGCUCACACAGAAAACAUCAACAUAUCUCACAGUGUGCUGAAACAGAAUCCCUUCACAAAAGAAAAAAAAAAAAAAAGAAGUGCACUCCAAACUAUGUUUUGCU